GACAUGACUUCUCAUAAUCAAUGACCACCCGCACUUCACUCAGUUUACAGAAUCCGCCACAGAAUGCCCCGAAUGUGAGGGAGAGCCCCUGGCGAUGGAGACAUGUCGAUCAUAGCUGAAGGGCGCCUGCAGACCCUGCAGGUGUAUAAACUCCUGCAAUGUGUGAGGCAGAGAGACAAGGGGGAGGUGGAGAAGCUGAUUCGCCUGGGAUUGCCUUACCUCAUCAAUGUCAGCGAGCCUACUGAUGGGGAGUGUGCUCUCCACCUGGCCGCCACCGCCAAUGACGUGGAGAUGUGCCGGUUCCUCCUGUCCCUGGAUGCACAUCCCGAUGUGGUGGACAAGGAAGGCCGCACAGCUGCCAUGAAAGCAGGCGAGCUGGGCCACAACGCCACGGUCCAGGUCCUGGCGGACGCCAACACAGACAUGACUAUCGUGGACGUGGAGGGAAGAGGCAUCCUGUAUUACUGCAUCUGCCCCACCACUCGGCAUCUGCGCUGUGUGGAGAUGGCGUUGGCACACGGAGCGGACGUCAAUAACUGUGCCAAUGACGGGAAGCCUGUCUUCCUGCUCGCUUGUGAGCAGGCAGCCGCCUGCACUGAAAUGUGCCUUCAGAUCCUGGAGCACGGGGCCGACCCCAACUCCAAGAUUGAGAGCACAGGCCACACGGUGCUAAUUGAAGCAGCCCGGGAGGGAGCGAUGGAGGUUGUUCAUGCAAUUCUGGAGAAAGGAUGUGACGUGAAUGCUAUGAACAAUAAGAGGUGCAACGCUGGACACUUUGCUGCUCAGGGAGGCUUCUUCCAGGUGCUUCGAGACCUGAUCGCUUACGACUGUGACGUGAAUGUGAUUAACAUGGAUGGAAACACGGCUCUGCAUCUGGCUGCAAUGGGUGGCUUUGUUGACUGCGUCAGGUUUCUGACCCAGCGAGGUUGUAACCCUAAAAUAAAAAACCUGGCUUUGCAGACGCCGCGAACUGCGGCCAAAGCCAAUGGUCAGAAACUGGUGAUGAAGGAGCUGCGGAAAGCUGAGAGGAUCUUCAACAAGUAUUCCAAACCGGGAGCGAGGAAUCCCAAUGAGCCAUGGGCCGUCAAGCUGUACGAUUGGUCGCUGGCGCACGAACACCUCCGCAACGCCUUCGCCACCGUGGAUAGGGGCGAUGACACCGUCACCAAGGAAGACUUUGACGCAGUGCUGCAGGAGCGGAGCGCCCCCCUGGAGCCCGAGCAGAUCUUGACCCUGACCCGCAUGCACGACAAGGCCAGAGAAGGCGUCAUCAACAUCAAUGAGUUCUUCCGGGGCGAGAAGUACCUGCAGAAGGCCUACCUCAUCUCCUCGUACGAGCCCAAGAAGAAGAAGAAGAAAAAGGGGCGCAGGAGAGGCAAGAAGGGCAAACUGAACAUCCCCAUCCCCAUCUGCAUAGUGCCCCCCAAUAUGCUGCGCCGGAGGGCCGAUGGAGGGCCUCCCGAGUUCAUGAUUGAGGAUGCCCAGAACUUCACUGACCCCAAACGCUUUGACCGGGACCACCCGCCCGAACACCCACUGCAGGACGACUCCGCAUGGUACCUGGACAAGCCGGACCCCAUCUUCAUCAACAUCAACUACGCCACCAAGUCGGAGGACGUGGAGUCCCUGACCAAGGCCUUCUUUGACGGAGUGCCCAUCGAUGUACAUGACAAGUACUACAAAACCCCCCUGAUGACGGCCUGUGCCGAUGGCAACCUGAAAGUUGCCAAGUACCUACUGGAGAUGGGGGCCCAUGUGAAUGUUCAUGACAACCUGCUGUGGACCGCGCUGCACCAUGCCUGCCACGGAGGGCAGCUGGACAUUGUGGAGUUGCUGCUGCGCUAUGGGGCCCAAGUGGACGCGGUCUCCAUUUACGGGGCCACGCCGCUCAUGAGGGCGAUCGAGAGCUGCCGGCUCGAGAUCGUCAGCUGCCUGCUCGAGUACGGCGCCGACGUGGAGCUGCUCAACAAGAAAGGGCAGAAUGCGCUGGACAUUGCCUAUGCCUACUCGGACAUCAGGGUUGUGGAUCUCAUCAGAAUGAAAAUGGAAUCCAUUCAAGUGCCCAAAGUGAAAGAGAAAGUUAAGGUUAAAGGCAAAGGGGCCUCAGGGCCUCCAUCCAAAACCGUGGGCAAAGAAACGCUGUUUAAACCUCCAUCGCCCGUCAAAAUGCCAAGAGCCCGUCAUAAAACUGAGGAACCGAAGGACAGCAUUGUGCAUAAGAGCACCCUGCUCAGCAGCGGGCUGCCAAGGAAAAUCGAUAUCACCUUCACCCCGAGAAACGUGUGGGGCAAACUGCCCACGACGGAGGACCUCAUUCAGAAACGAGUAGAGAAACGAGAAGCGUUUGGCUAUGAGGUGGACUUCAGUGAUUACUUGAAGCCGUUCAGGAAAAAUAUCUUGAAGAAGAUUGAACAAGGUUCAAAGUAGAGAGUAUGAGGAGGUGGUGCUGAAGAUAUAGGAAGAAGCAUUAAUCAGAGGAGAAAAAUGGACGUAAAUGUCUAAAUGGAGAGCUCAGGCUGGUGUGUUGAGACAUACCUUUUGAGCUUAAGGGAUUUGAAACAUGAUGGAGCUUAUGAACCUCUCAGUAUUGCUUUGAGGCGUGUUGUGCAAUUGGAAAGUAGGUGUAAUCCUGCUGUACUUUUACUGAUCAAGUUGUGUACUCGGAAAUAAAGUACGCAAAAUCGUUUGGGUAAA